UUGCAUAUGAAUGCCCAGAAAGUAUUCACUCAGGAGUUCAUACAACGGUCACAACUCGGAGAGGAAUUGCGGCCAACGACACCGCUUAUAGGCCACAAUCGAUCGAAUUCUUCAUCGUCACUAGUUUCGUCUAACAAAGUUGAAAGCCCAGAGGAUGUAUCUCCUCUUCUACCAUACCAUAUCACGGCAAAGGCCUACUCUAACACUUCUCGAGACAAUGAAGUGAUCGCGAGAGCCAUAUUCGCUGUCAUCUCCUCGACUACUAAUACCUCCUAUAAGCUAUCGUCUAAGGCUGCUACAAAAGCAUUUGAACCUUAUGAUAAAACCAAUAGAGGUUCAUGUUUUGCACCUAUUACUGAUGGACAGAGGAUGAUUAAAAGGAUGUCUAGCCUUUUGAGGAACAUAAGCAAAGUAGGGUUUGAAGCGCAAAUGCAAGAGGUUCGGGCCGCUACAAGUAACAACAACCACUUGCUUCACACGAUAUCAGAACGUCGGCGUCGCGAGAAAAUCAAUGAGAACUUUGAGACUCUUAGAAUGGUACUCCCACAAGGGACCAAGAAGGACAAGGCAUCAGUGCUUACAAAUGCUAAGAACUUUGUAAACGCAUUGAAAACCCAAAUAUCAAAGCUCGAGGAGAGGAAUCAACAACUAGAGAUGCAGAUUAAACUUGAUGAGCAUGAACAUGAUUCAAAUACUGAAAGAGUGGAAGUUUAUGUAGCCGAAUCAACAUCCGAAUCGACAUCUACAAGCAAGCAAAUCACACUCUCAAUAAUAGUGAGGACCGAAUGCAACAUGAUAAGUUUGAUUCUUUCUGUACUUGAAUGUCUGAACAAGAAGGCCGAUUUGAGUUUGGUAGCGAUAGAGGCAAGCGAAAGAACUCGGCGACCAAAUAUUCAGAUGAAAGCAAGCAUCACAGUGUCGGUUAAGGAUUGCGACUGCGACAAGGAGUUAUUCAAGGAGUUUGUGGUGGAGGCAGUGAAUGAUGAAUUGGACAAAGCAAGAGCUUCUACCAUUGUUGUUUGA